AUGUCAAAGAGACAACAAGUAGCUCCUGCAUUCGAAAUAAGAUUCACCGAUGAUGAUAUCACAACAGAAGUUAUUGAAAUACCAACGGAUCGUCACGUUCCAGAUCCGUUCAAAAAACGUGAUAAAAUUCCAAGAAAUUCACCCAACUCUUCUCACAUUACCAGUAACGGUUUAAUCAGUAAUAGUAGGCAACAACGACCUGGUGCACAGAAUGAUGACACGUCGUCAAUUCAUAAGGAUUUAAAUAAUAAUGAGCCACCAAUAAAAAAAUCAGAUCCACAAACAAAACGAAACUCAAUGAGUAGGAAGAAUAGCAGAGAAUCGAAUCCACAAAAAGGUAGCAAAAAGAAAUCAAAUGCUAGAAUUAGAAACAACGACGACGAUCAAAUUAAAGACUAUUUAAAUAGCACUAGUAUACAAUCAAAGGAUGGUAUUGCUACCCCACCAGUGACUCCUCCAAGAACUCCUCCAAUAAUACCAACAAAAGACGACACUGCCCACCCAAAUAUCACAGACGCCAUCAACAUCGUUAAUAAUUCUAAUCCCAUAAAUAGCACAUCAAAUAUAACAGCUCUUUCAUUGUUAGACUUUGCUAAAAAAUCAAAUAAUUUCAACCAAUCAUCAACGUCUCUUGACGACAUCAAAACAAAAAAAGAUAAUGAACAAAAACCUGUUGCUCGUCGACAAGUACGAAGAGCUACAAUAUCACACGAUGACGUGAUAGUGCCAACUGUUGCAAAGAAAUUAAAGAUGAAUGGUCAAUUACCUUUUGCUAAUCAUGACGCGUUGCUCGGUGUCACCGAUGAACCUGACUCUUUUCUUACAUCAUCAAACACUGUUAAUGAUAUAUCUUCACCUUCAUUGUCACCACCAAUAACGAAUAAAAGCAAUAUCAUAAUGGCAGGUUAUAUGGAUAUUACUGAUCAA